AUGGAGAGCCUGACCUUCCAGAGUUGGAACUUCCGGAAGCAUCUUCGGAUGGUGGGCAGCAGGAGAAUGAAAGCCCAGACGGGGGACCUCCAGGCGUCCUGCGCUGCCCUGGAGGAGGGGGCCCUGGACGAGAGGAUGGACUGGGAGGAGGAGAGGGAGAUGGAGAGGCUGGCCUGUGAGGGAGACGACUUCAUCCCCCCCAAGAUCAUGCUGAUCUCGUCUAAAGUGCCCAAGGCGGAGUACGUUCCCACCAUCCUACGUAGAGACGACCCCUCCAUUAUCCCCAUCCUCUAUGACCACGAACACGCCACGUUUGAUGAUAUUCUGGAGGAGAUAGACAAGAAGCUGACAGCCUACCGGCGUGGGAGCAAGUUCUGGAGAAUGCUCAUCUUCUGUCAGGGAGGACCAGGUCAUCUGUACCUCCUCAAGAACAAAGUUGCAACUUUUGCCAAGGUGGAAAAAGAGGAAGACAUGAGCCAGUUUUGGCGGAGGCUCAGCCGCUUCAUGAGCAAAUUGAAUCCAGAACCGAACAUGAUCCACAUCAUGGGCUGCUACGUCCUGGGAAACCCAAACGGAGAGAAGCUGUUUCAGAAACUCAAGAACCUGAUGAGGCCUUAUUCUGUCGAGUUCCAGUCCCCACUAGAGCUGUCUUCACAUGGCAAGGAGAUGAUCGAGAUGUACUUUGACUUCCGUCUGUACCGCCUCUGGAAGACCCGGCAGCACUCCAAGCUCCUGGACUACGAAGACCUGUUGUGA